CGUCCUAUGGAGGUGAGCCCGUAUUACAGCCUUCUCCGGUAUCCCGUCAUUCUCAUGUUUAUUGUCAUACGCUGGAAAAAAAAAAUGGCGGACGAGAACAGCAGCACUCCACAAGCCCACGGCUUUGCGGAGAAACUGAAGUCGUGGCUGUCCUGCUCGUGGACGUACGUGUGCGCGGUCUGGUUCGCCAUGGUGUUGACGAUGAUCUACGUGCUGCGGAGUCCGCUGAAGCUCCAGGAGUCCGUCGCUGCCGCAUCCAUGUUUCUGAACACUCUUACACCCAAGUUUUAUGUUGCCCUCACAGGAACUUCCUCUCUCAUCUCUGGUCUUAUACUGAUCUUCGAGUGGUGGUACUUUCGGAAGUACGGCACGUCCUUCAUUGAACAGGUGUCUGUGAGUCACUUGCGUCCCCUCCUCGGCGGCGUGGAGACCAACAGCUCUGCGAGUCUCUUCUCCUCGGCUAAUGGAGAAGUGGAGCAGCGGCCCAGUGUCUCAGAGUGUAAAGUAUGGAGGAACCCCCUUAAUCUGUUUCGAGGUGCAGAGUAUAACAGGUACACGUGGGUGACGGGAAAAGAACCACUGACUUACUACGACAUGAAUCUGUCGGCACAAGACCAUCAGACUUUCUUUACCUCUGACACACAACAACUCAAACCAGAGGAUACUGUGAUGCAGAAGGCCUGGCGAGAAAGGAAUCCUCAGGCUCGUAUCCGAGCUGCAUAUCAGGCAAUUGAGCUCAAUCAUGAAUGUGCAGCGGCGUAUGUGCUUCUGGCUGAAGAGGAAGCCACUACUAUUAUAGAAGCAGAGAGACUCUUCAAACAAGCGCUAAAGUUCGCUGGGAAAGACACAAAUCUUCUGGUGUACAUCAAACGCAGAUUGGCCAUGUGUGCUCGUAAACUGGGACGCAUCAAAGAGGCUGUGAAGAUGAUGAGAGAUUUAAUAAAAGAAUAUCCCUUACUUGGAAUGUUAAAUAUACACGAGAAUCUUCUAGAAGCGUUAUUGGAGCUUCAGGCUUAUGCUGAUGUGCAAGCAGUUUUAGCAAAAUAUGAUGAUAUCAGCUUGCCAAAAUCUGCCACUAUAUGCUACACAUCGGCUUUACUUAAAGCACGCGCAGUGUCAGACAAAUUUUCACCAGAGACAGCCUCUAGACGAGGACUUAGCACCGCUGAGAUGAAUGCAGUGGAGGCUAUACACAGAGCAGUGGAGUUCAACCCACAUGUACCAAAGUAUCUUUUAGAGAUGAAGAGUCUGAUCCUGCCACCAGAGCACAUUCUGAAGAGAGGUGACAGUGAAGCGGUGGCAUACGCAUUUUUUCACCUGCAGCACUGGAAAAGAGCAGAGGGAGCACUCAACCUGCUCCACUGCACCUGGGAGGGAACAUUCCGUAUUAUUCCUUACCCACUGGAGAAAGGUCAUUUGUUCUACCCAUACCCAGGCUGCACAGAGACAGCAGACAGAGAAUUACUGCCAUCUUUUCAUGAGGUAUCAGUGUACCCUAAGAAGGAGCUGCCAUUCUUCAUCCUGUUUACAGCAGGCUUAUGCUCCUUUACUGCCAUGUUGGCUAUGCUCACACACCAGUUCCCUGAUCUCAUGGGCGUCUUUGUCAAAGCUUUCUUCAGCACCCUUUUUGCACCAUUGGGCUUUUUUGCAGACAAGAUGGAGAACUUUAUGCCUUCCUGCCUUUGGUACCAGCUGACAAGAAUCUGAAACACAACCCUCCCUAUUCCCCACCAAAAUACAUGCAGACAUCCCGGUGUCAAUCUACUGGAUGUGUAGCAUUAAAUGUGCUAAGAAGUUCUGUGUGAUCCGUGCUGAUCGUAAUAAAAUGUUCUGAGUGA